AUGGAAGCUGUACUGGGUCUUGGCGACCAGGGCCGGGCUGCCGGAGCGGAGGGGGCAGCCUCCGUCGCCUCGCAAGGGGGGCGGCGAAGGUCCCCCCAUCGACGCACGGGGACACGACCAUUCGGAGGAACAGGCGGCGAUAGCGCCAUAAUAAUGCAAGAGCUGCGCCACCGAGUCCAGAACCUGGAGCGGCAGCUUGCCGACAGGGAGCGGGACGGACGCUCUACCGAUCCGAGCUAUACCCCGUCUCCCGGAAGCGAGGAGGAAGACUCUUACCGAAGCCGCCCGCGGACGGAGGCAGAGAGUUCGCGGGAGGAGUCACCCAUAAUGAGGAGACGAAAUGACACGAUCAUCUACUCCCGAGGCAGACCGACCCAUCGAGCGACAAGAGGUCGCGAAGACGGAAGAACACGACAACCUGUGAUAAUGGGCGCCACCCCGUUCCACCGAUCUAUCCUCGAGGUCCGGCUGCCGAAACACUUCGACAAGCCAACGGACAUGAGGUACGACGGAACUCAAGACCCUCUAGAACACCUGACGGCCUUCGAGGCCAGGAUGAAUCUAGAGGGAGUAGGCGACGAAGUGAGAUGCCGUGCCUUCCCGGUGACCUUAGCAGGACCAGCGAUCAAAUGGUUUAACGGCCUCCCUCAAGGUUCUAUCUACAAUUUCUCAGACAUCAGCCGCGCAUUCCUGGCUCAAUUCACAACGCGAAUAGCAAAGGCCAAGCAUCCUAUCAACCUUCUCGGUCUCUGCCUGACGAACGGCCUCCUUAACGAGAACUUCCGAAAGCACCUUACAACGAAACCGGUUUGGACGAUGCAUGAAAUCCAAACGGUGGCCAAAGAAUACAUAAACGAUGAAGAAGUCAGCCGAGUCGUGGCUGCCAAUAAGCGGCAGUCCGGUUACGGCCAGGCUCGUCAGUUCGGUGGCGACGGGGAGAGGGCGAAAGAAAAGGCCAGGGAGGAGGCGCCGAACAAAGCACCUAGACCGUUCCCUCGAGUGGGGAAAUUUACUAACUACACUCCACUCACCCUCCCCAUCAUGGAAGUCUACCAACAGAUUGCGGAGAAAGGAAUUCUCCCGAAGCCCCGACCACUCAAGGACCGCACAGGCGGAAACAAGAACCUUUAUUGUGAUUACCAUAAGGGAUAUGGCCACCAAACGCAGGACUGUUUCGACUUGAAGGAUGCAUUGGAACAAGCGAUAAGGGAAGGAAAGCUGGCAGCGUUCUCCCAUCUCAUCAGGGAGCCGAGAAGGCGUUAUCGCGACCAGGACGAGGAAGGCAAGACACGCCCGGUCAAGCGGCGACAAGAGCCUGAAGACAGAGACCACGGCCUCACGGUGAUAAACGUGGUAACGGCAAAGAACACUGCACCAAAAUCCCGGUCGGCACACAAGAAAGACGCCAAGGUUCUGGCGAUCUCAUCUUCACCAGUGCAGAGUACCAAAAAACCCCCGUCCAUUUCUUUCGGCCCAGAAGAUCAAUGGUUCAGCGACGCCCCGGAAAACCCUCCCGUGGUCAUCACGGCCAGAGUAGGAACCGGCCUCGUCAAACGGAUCCUUGUCGACACUGGGGCCGACUCAAACAUCAUGUUCCGAAACGUGUUCGACGCACUGGGGCUGAAGGAUGCCGACCUGACGACCCACCAGCACGGGGUUAUCGGCUUAGGCGACCACUUCAUCAAACCAGACGGAGUCAUUUCCCUACCGAUCUCGGUAGGACAGAUGCAAGGCCGAAGGUCGGCGAUGGCCGAAUUCAUGAUCCUCCGAGACUCCACAGCCUACAAUAUCAUCUUGGGAAGGAAGACAAUCAAUGAUUUUGAGGCCAUAAUCAACACCAAGCUACUAGUUAUGAAGUUCGUCACCGAUGAUGGAUCCAUAGGGACCAUAAGAGGAGACCUCGAGACGGCGGUCGCCUGCGACAACGCCAGCCUUUCCCUCAGAAAGAAGUCCAAGGAAGCAUCCGGCGUAUUCCUAGCCGACCUCGAUGCCAGAGUAGAGGACAACCCGAGGCCGGAACCAGAAGGGGACCUGGAGAAAUUUAGCAUCGGUGACGAAGGGGAAAGAUUCACAUUCGUUAACAAGAACCUCCCGCAUGAGUUGAAGGAGCCUUUGAUUGAAAUGAUAAGGGCCAACAAGGACCUGUUCGCAUGGACGCCAGCCGACAUGCCGGGCAUCGAUCCACAAAUCAUUUCACACCACCUAGCCGUCAAGCCGGAAGCACGCCCAGUGGCUCAACGAAGGAGAAAGAUGUCGGCGGAGAGAGCAGAGGAGGUAGCCAAGCAAACGGCCGGCCUCCUAGAAGCAGGCUUCAUACGAGAAGUGGACUACUCGACGUGGCUCUCAAAUGUGAUGCACUCGUCGACGCUGCGGCGGGGUACCGGUAUCUGA